AUGGCCGAAGGCGACAUGGACUUGGGACAACUGUCCACUACUCAGCAGGAGGCUCUCGAUCAAUAUACACAAGUGACCAACCAAGAGAUCAGCGAAGCUAUUCCGCUUCUCCGCCGCUCCGAAUGGAAUGUUCAGAUCGCAAUCGCCAAGUUCUUCGACGGCGAAGUUGCAGACCCAGUAGCUGCAGCACAACAAGAAAUACCCCGGGCGACAGCGCGGCACGAAAACCUACAAGAGAGCCUUUUUGAUGAGGCAAUUCGUGCCCCUCGAGCUUCACCUCGACAGCGCACUGAUCUAGCUCCGAGAAUCGUGCCUCAAAACCCUAUCACAAACCGAACUCCAUGGUUGCUGGGCCUGCUCCUCACCCCCUUUAGCUUGGGCUGGAGAGCUGCCUCGACUCUUUUUCGGACUUUGAUCUAUGCGCUGUCCUUCUUGCCCGCCUCGAUUCGGCCACGGGCUGUUACGAGCAGAAUCUCGACAGGCUUCAGAGGCACCAAUGGCCGAAGACCUCUCAUGCCUCGAGAUACAGCCUCGAGAUUCAAGCGAGAGUUUGAGGAGGAGUAUGGGGAGAACGAAUUGCCAUUCUUCGAGGGCGGUGUCGCUCAGGCGCAUGAUCAAGCCAAGAAGGACCUCAAGUUUAUGCUUGUGGUAUUGAUGUCACCUGAGCACGACGAUACUGAGUCUUUCGUAAAAGACACUUUACUAGCACCAGAAGUGGUGAACUUCAUCAAAGAUCCUUCCAACAACAUAAUUCUGUGGGGCGGAAACGUCUUGGAUUCUGAGGCAUACCAGGUGGCUCAGGAGUAUAUCUGCACCAAGUUUCCCUUCUCGGCAUUGGUUUGCCUUACACCAAAGGAGGGUAGCACACGAAUGGGGAUCGUCAAGCGACUCGUUGGACCCAUGCCCCCCUCCACCUACCUAUCAGAGCUUCGAGCAGCAAUCGAAAAGUACGGUGCAGAUCUGGAUGGAGUACGCGCAGAGCGAACAGCCCAGGAAGUCACAAGAAAUCUACGAACCGAGCAAGACUCGGCCUACGAACGGUCACUAGCUAUUGACCGAGAACGCGCACGCCAGAAGAGAGAAGCGGCGGCGGCCGCAGCUGCAGCAGAGAAGCGCGCGCAGGAAGAAGCAGAGGCAGCAAAGAGACUCGAAGAGAAGCGCGAGCAAUGGAUUGCAUGGAGAGCAACAACUAUUGUAUCCGAGCCACCAACCAGCGAUAAGAGCGUGGUACGAGUCGCACUCAAGAUGCCCGAGGAAUCGGGUAUCGGCCGAAUUGUGCGGCGGUUCCCCCAAGAUGCCUCCCUGGAGGACCUGUAUGCCUUUGUGGAGUGCUACAGUGUUCUCAAAGAGGAGGGUGCAGCGGGUGGGGAUAAGCCGGAGGAGUACGAGCACGAGUACAAGUUCCGAAUCGCCUCGAUUCUCCCCAGAACGGUGUACGAGCCUAGCACAACAGUGACGAUGGGGGAGAAGAUUGGACGGUCAGGAAAUCUGAUUGUGGAGGACAUAUCACCGGAUUCGGAAGAUGAGUCGGACGACGAGGGUGAUGACAAAGACUAG